CUCAGAUCUCUUCAAUAAACCACCAAAACACUAUUACCAUAAAUAACUACCUGCUAUAUUCCCACUGCGCAUUCGUGCAGCAUUGGCUUGCCCUAUCACAUUCAACCGUCCAUCAACCAACCAGCAAACUUGCUCAGCCGUUUGCGUUACGCUCCUCGAACCGUAUCGAGCUAACGCUUCCUGGUGCAUCUGAAGCUGACCAUAUAACGCUCCCCGCUCCAGCUCGAUAACACCACUUGGCUGCUCAAACACACUUGGCUGUCCUCGAAAUCCUUUACAAUGGCUCUCGUUAGACCUAUAUUGCACAGAGUAAGCUUUCUUGCUCCAACGCUCAGGACAGAGUUGACAAGACAACGGAAUGAAUCUAUGCAGAAGUACAUUUUACUUACUGCUCAGAAGGAAGCCCUUCAGCGCAGGAUGUCAAUGUCUAUCCCCUUUAGCCUACCUAUAUCGACCUCUUCGCCCGAGUUCCAGUCGCUAUCAUCGUCCCCUACAUCGCCCAUCGACUAUGUUUCGACAUGUCUUACGACCACCGAGCCCGUGCCUACGAGACCAGGCACGGUCCCUCAGACCAGUGUCGAUGAUACACACACCAGCGAAUCACACAAACUCUGCGAGAUCAAUCAGCAAAUUGUAGCGACACUUAUGGAACUCCUCAACACAGAAGCCGUAAAGACGGAUCCAAAGUACCGUGCUUUCAUACAAGAGAAGCUGAUGGAAUCCGAACAACAGAUCCGCCGACAAAGACGUCGACGUUCCUCGAAUGCUGAGCGAGACUACGCGUCUUCCAUUGCUCACCAUCUGGAGCUUGGCUUGAACACGUCAAAGACAGGGGCGUAAGCCCUGCACCGUCGAUGUGUGACCCGUGUAUUCCUGCGGCGCUAUUGACGGCGCAAUGGUCAUUCUGCGAUCAAGUGCUCAGAUCAAAGACAACCGAAGACGAAAAUGAUACCCCAAUAUAUACGCAUGCAUCAUUGAAGCGCAAUAUUUGCAACGAGGCAACUCGCAGCCUCACAAUGUACCACCAUCUUUAAAAUAUCGAGUAACUCAAUCUUGAAGCUUUUGCGUGCUAGUUCCGUGAUAAUUGCACAUGGCUCAUCGCUGCAAGUUUAUCAAUUGCUGACCCU